AUGGUGAGACAAUCUCAGAGCAUGUACGAUAGACACUUAACCAUCUUUUCCCCGGAUGGGAACCUUUAUCAAAUUGAAUACGCUAUAAAGGCAGUAAAGAACACCAACAUAACCUCCAUCGGAGUGAAAGGAGAAAACUGUGCUGUUAUCAUUUCGCAAAAAAAAAUGGCAGCUCAAUACAUAUCACAAGACAAACUUUUAGAUUACAAUAAUAUUACAAACAUUUACAACAUAACGGAUGAAAUCGGAUGUUCUAUUGUGGGUAUGCCUGGAGAUUGUCUCAGUAUGGUUUACAAAGCUAGAUCGGAGGCCUCUGAAUAUAUAUAUGCAAAUGGACAUAACGUAAAUGUAGAAACCCUGUGCAGAAAUAUUUGUGACAAAAUUCAGGUCUAUACACAGCAUGCCUAUAUGAGACUUCACGCUUGCAGCGGGAUGAUCAUAGGAAUGGACGAAGAAAACAAACCUGGACUUUUCAAAUUCGAUCCAUCAGGAUUCUGUGCUGGAUAUCGAGCAUGCGUAAUUGGGAAUAAAGAACAAGAAAGCAUAAGCAUACUGGAAAGGUUGCUUGAGAAGAGGAAAAAAAAAAUUCAACAAGAGACAUUAGAAGAAGAUAUACAAAGCACUAUUAUAUUGGCUAUUGAAGCACUGCAAACUAUCUUGGCAUUUGAUUUAAAGGCCAACGAAAUAGAAAUGGCAAUAGUGUCAAAACUGAAUCCCAAUUUCACACAAAUUAGCGAGAAGGAGAUAGACAAUUACUUAACCUUCAUUGCGGAGAGGGAUUAG